CAGGAGAGCCUCGCUGCGUUUAUUGAUCGGAGAGCUUGCCCGGUCAGCUGUGUUGCUGAACAAAUAUUAGCAGUCUUCAUUCAGGAGAGACACGCUUUGAGUUUACGGGAAAACAUGUGCGGUUCUAAUGUCUUUUUACGAGUACUGUGGUUGUUUUUAUGCCGCGCUAUUGCAAGCUGCUCUCCUUUAACCGCUGAUCGUCAGGCAAACAUAACCAGCAUGCUGGGACAGCAGGCAGAUCGGGUCAUGGCCCUCGGUGAAUGGGAGGAACGCUGGCAACAGAACAAAAUCAGCUUUCAUCAGCCUGAAGUGCACAAGAUGCUGAAGAAAAACAUUGAUAAAGUUCUCAAUGGACGAACAGGAGUUCGCUUCUUCUUCCCUCUGUGUGGGAAAGCAGUAGAUAUGAAGUGGCUAGCAGACAUGGGCCAUUCAGUGGUUGGAGUGGAGAUUUCUGAAAAGGCUAUUCGUCAGUUUUUUGAGGAGAACAACAUGACAUACAGUGAGGAGCCUGUGCCUGCUAUACCUGGAGCAAAGGUGUAUGCAGCUCUCAUUAUUUCUUUGAUGGCGAAUGACUGCAGAUACCUCCUGGACACUUUACUGUACAAUCCUGAUUUAUAUCAAGGGCCUCCCUUUUUCGUGCCUGAUGAGCAAGUGCAUAGUCUGUUUGGGAGCAGCUGUGAUAUAGAGUUACUGCAGUCAGAGGACGCUCUCACGGACAAACAACGAAAUUGGGGACUAGAUAAAUUUCUUGAAAAUGUGCAUCUCAUCACGCCAAAGAGCAACUAAAGGCUCAGAGUUUAGAGAAAGAAGAAGUAAAUCCUGGGAAGGAAAAAUAAAGUGAAAGUGCCUGAAAUUCAAGAGAAUUUAUAAUUCUCCUUUUUAUUUGUUGUUGUUAUGGAUCAAAUAACAUGAUAA